GUACCAAAUUUUAAUUUCUUUUCUUUUCAGCAAUGGCGACUUAUUCCUAAGCUUGCAGCAACUUAUGCUCUGGCCUACUUUGCAAGGACUUUCUUUUUGAACUUUGUGGAAAUGGAAAUUGGCACAAUGAUGGGAGAAAAAGGUGAGGCUCAGGUAAGAAAUGAUAAAAUUUAUGAAUAACUUGUUAAUAUUAUUAUUGUUAUUUUAUUAACCAUAAAUAACAACUACAGUCGAGGCAGGUCAAGGAAGGGUACCCUCCAAGAUUCUGUUAAUAAAUUUAUUAUUUGAAAGGUGAGUCCACUAUUAGUUGUAGAUUUCAGAUUCAUUUCUGCAUUCUUGCAUUUAUAAUGAGCAGUUAAUUGACAUGCGAGGUAGUUCAGAAAUUUCCGACAGCUCAGUUUUCUUGCAUUUGAAAGAAAUAUCUGCUAAGCAAUUUUUAUUCAUUCAAAGAUUUUUCCAUCUACAGUACUUAUCAAUAUAACAAAGAGCCAAUUUAAGGGAGUGGCAAAAUAUGUUCGCUAUAACAAAUAUCAAGGUUAUUGUCCAUAAAUAACUAUUACUGGGGUGAAGAAUUUGGUUCACCAUUACCGAGAAAUUGAGGCCAAAAAUUCACAGCUCUUUAUGCAUGCAGGAAUGCAGAUUCGAAUUUGAUGACUAACGGAUUUAUUUUUCAUGCUUGACCUGGUGUAAAGUCUGCAAAAGAUAAGUGGCUAAAAAAUCAUUACACUGUAAAUAUGAUUAUUAUUAUUAUUAUUUCUGUGCAUCAGGCUGCUUUGGGAAGAGAAAUCCAUGCCCUGUCAUCAGCAAGCAAACCUUUGGCAGGUUGGAUGGCACAGAGUGCUAUUCAAGAAUGUCGAGAGGCUUGCGGAGGCCAUGGUUACCUUGCAAGUAAGACACUAUUGUUGUUACCCUCUGGUGAGCACAUAGAUAAUGUUUUUAAAAUAAAGAAAUUAUCAGAAAUGGUUAAAUACAGUAAAAUAAACUGUUAAUACAUAUUAACAAGUUAUUUUCUAUGAUGUUGACUGUGAUCAUAUGUUUUUUUGUUGUUGUUGUUGUUUUAUUGAAUUUGUAUUACUGCCACAGAACAAAACUUUGUGUUCAUGUUGUACUUUGACUUUCCAUCGAACACUUGAAUGAUUGCUGAUGGUUUCUCUUAAUAAAUUAUUAAUUUUGUACAAUGCUAGAGGCAUAGGGAAGAUUUUUUAUGCUAUAAAAGUUCUAAUUUUGUUUCCACAGUUAAUAGGUUUGGUGAAUUAAGAGAUGAUAAUGAUCCAAACUGCACAUAUGAAGGAGACAACAACAUGCUUUUGGGGCAGACCAGCAACUAUUUGCUGUCUCUUUUAGAAGCCAAAGAAAAAGGUAUUCUUUCCACUCUGUGUCAGUGUUGAGUUUCUUAAUUUUGAAAACUUUUCUGUCCUUUCCCCCUCUCUUCGCUGCAGCAGAGUUAGCUCAGAUGGUAUUCUUAAGUGGCUUGUAAUUUAACAGUAAAUGUAACUGGCAGAAUAGUAGCAACACAUGUACAAAAUAGUAAAACUAAAUGAAAAUGAAUGUGUGAUACCUUAAGUUUGAAUUAAUGUGCACUGAGGUCUUAAAAACUAAGAAUUGUGUCAUUGAAAGACCUUGAAAAAUUCUUUGUCCAUAAAAGAGUACACACCUUGUAAAGCUGACAAAGCGAUUAUACUGCUUUUUCCUUGCAAAUACCUUGCCCUGGGUGUGACUUGAAAUAUCUCAGCCCCAUUUCCCACAGUGCUGGCAAGUUACACCUAACUCUUAACUUGGUUGACAUACACUGUAUUCAAAUGGUGUAACCACUGCAUUGGCCGGGUAGUUGCCUAGGCAAUAACAUUAAGUGUGUUGUACAAAAGGGAUUUAUGGUUAUAAGUUUAUUAAAAGGAAUUUAUCGUUAAAGAAGGAACAAUUUCAACGAAAGCUGUCUAGUAGUAGUAAUGCAAGAGCUGGCAGAAAUGUUUCUGUUAUUAUUUUCCAAACAGGAGCAACAAUAUCCUGUCCACUUCAUUCAGCGGACUUUCUUGAUAACACUGAACAAAUCAUGUCAAACAAAUUUCAUGCAAAGACAGAGCGAGAAUGCAGAGACCCAGACUGUAAGUACAUUGCUGCUUUUAUCUCUGUGUAGAAAAAGAAGUAUAUAUAGGACAUGUGUUUGACCAGUGUCGGAUCUAAUUCAAAAGAAAGUAUUUCAUAACAGUGCAAGGGCUUUUUAAUUACUAACUUUGAGACCACUUUGUACUUUGAAAGGUAUCUAUGACAAGUCUUUUACCACAGGAGACCCAAGUUAGAAAGUGAUAUUUCAGGGUGUGACCUUCUGAUGAAAGUGUUGUUAGGUUUAAUAUUCCUGUGAGUAUUGGGUGCCUGUGCGAUACUAGCAUCCUAGCAGUGGUGGUCUCUUCUAAACUUCAACAGAGACUUGGGUAAACAUUCCUUAGCAAGCAUCUCGAACAACCUAAUAAGGAAACACCAUUCGCACGGUCUGUGGUUACUAGAUACAGAGCCGAACAACAUUUAGUGCCUAAAUCUUAUGAUUUCAUGUUUAGAUAACCAUUCCUACUGAAUUUAUAAUUAUGUAGUAAUUUACUAGACCAUGUCGUUGUUACUAUUUAGUUUUAGUGGGAGCUUUCCAGUGGCUUGUGUGCUAUCUGUUAAAAGAGAGUGCUGCCAGGCUUAGACAACAGUUGACAAAUGGAAAGGUACUGGUGAUUUUUGAACCCCUCUGCUCUGCAUAGUGUUUAUUAGAUGAAAUCUCAAGGUAAAUCCUGCAUGGUCUGAAAAAGAAAGUUAUGUGGAAUGUGUCAACAUUACUAUAGCCUGCAUGGGAGGCACAGGUUUUUUUAGGGUGAACGGAGGAACUGAGGAUGCUCAAACACAAGCCCUCCCACGCUCCGUAAAACUAACCAAAACUCCAGCCGGCUCUUACCAAGCAGGCUAUAUUUAUUUAAUAACCUGACCUGUUGCACUCAGUUUUUUUGUGAACUGCUGAAUUACAUUUAACAUUUUCCACAGGAAAUAGUUGUAGGGUUUGUACAUUACUAGGUAUUGACCGAGGGAUGGGUCCCACUUCCAUGUGGACUUGUGGUUGAUAUAAAGUUGGUUUGGACUUGCAUCCGAUUUAUUUAUGAAGUGGCACGAAUCUUUUUUUAAAUUUUUUUUUAAUACAACAACACUUUAUUUCAUAUUUACAUACAAAGGAAAAAUUACAAAAAUUGCAGAAAACUAUAAAAAAAGUAGCAAAAUUACAGUUUACACUAUAGCUUUAAAAAAAGGAAAAAACAAACAAACAAACAGACAGACAACUUAAACAGGACAGUUAAAUUAUUAAGUCUUUUAAUCGUCAGAUUGCUGCCUUCAGUUCACUUCCAUAGAAUAUUACAUUCGUUUAAAGAGAGGAGGUUUUUUAAUCGAGACCAUUUCUUUUUAAAAGUGUCUAAAGAAUUAUGGUCUUUUGCAAUUUGCCUUUCUAUUCCACAGUACAUUGAACUGUUUGUAUGUACAUUUGGAUGUUUGGGCACGUAUCUCUUUGUUUACAGGUGUAGAUAUAAUGCCUGGCAUUUGCAUUGCAGGACGGUGUGACAAAGAUUUGUGCCACUGCCAGGCCAGCCAGCCAGGAAGUGGCACAAAUCUUUGUCACACCAUCCUGCAAUGCAAAAUUGAAGCAGUAGCAAAAUAAUUUUUGUCACAGUGAUGUCUAACUGAAAACUGCUCUAAACAGCAAUUUUUUCAGCUCAGCUGAGCUUCAGCUCAGGUUCUUAUGCAUAGUCUUUGUCAACGUGUUGAUAAUCAAUAUUUUUGGUGCUUUUUCAGGACCCUUUUACUGCCAGGAAUGACAGUCAGGUGUUUUACUGCAGAUCAUUAGCACUUGCUUACAUUGAGGUGAGGUAAUCCUUUAACUGAGUGCCCCACCCCUCUCCCUCUCUCUUUUCACGUCAAAAUCAGAUUCUUCUGUUAUCCUUGACAAGCUUAUCAGUUGACUCGAAGGUUUUUGGAUUGAGGCCUAAGCUUGUUGUGCUUUACCCAUGGGGGUCUUUUUAAUGGUGAUAUUAUCCGGGGGGGUACUCCCUUAUAAGGGCUUAAUGGGGACGUGCGGCCAGCCAGGGUAUGUUUUCGGGAUUUUUGUCUUAAACAGGGUAUCGACUUUAUCAUUUUUUGUCUUAAUCAGGGUAUUGAUUUAUCAAUUUUUGUCUUAAACAGGAUAUCUUUUCUUGGACGAUAAACAGCAAAAUUUUUACAAGCCCUAAUGUUAAUCAAUAUUGACUUCCGUUGACUUAAACAGGGUAUCAAAAAUCGGAAUUCUGUCUUAAACAGGGUAGGAAAAUCAGCGAUGUUUUUCUUAAACAGGGUCAGGGUAUGAGGGGCCGCACCGCACCUCCCAACCCAGGGAUAUAUCGAGUUCCCCCCCCCCCGGGGAUAUUAUAUUAUUCCCAUUAAAAAGAUCCGCAUAGCCAGAAUCUGCACCUACAUUUUUCAACCACACUUUGAGGAAAAGAUAACUGUUGUAGAAUCAUUUCAAGGGCACGCAAAAAACCCCUCUGUUGUGGUGGAAUUUUGGCCAAGUUUCUACUUUGCACAAAAACGCCUAUCGAUCUUGUAGCAGACUACGUAUCCACUCCAUAGCUUUCUCAAUUGUAUAUUUUCAGUGCACAGUUUUACAGAGAUUCAAAGAAGCAAUUUUCAAUGAAGAGGAGACUCCCCAAGCACUGAAACCAGUUCUUCUUAAGCUAUGUUCCUUGUAUGGUUUGUGGUCGUUGGAGACACAUCUCACCACUCUAUAUCAAGGUCAGUUUAUUACAACUGGUGACUGCUGACUGAAUAAAACCCAGUCUUGUUACUUUACGUAUCAGGCCUUCCUCGGAAAGAACCCGGGUAUAGAGGCAAUGCCCCCUCUCUCUCACUUCCCCCCAAAUGGGACUCUGGUGCAUCGUAGGAUUAAUCUCACCCUGGUGGUAUUGGUAUUUCUCAUGAGCAGUAAUAAAUUUGACCUAAUUGUUUGAUGAAACUGUCCUAUUGUCAGGAGAAUUUAGGUUUUGUUCAUUAUGUCCCUUCGACUCUCAGAGUGAAUGAGGGCAGCCUUGUAAGGUAGCUGCAACUUUUGAGGCUGUGGACAAAAUCCUGCGGUUUGAUCAUUCAAAUAAAAGUGAGCUUACGCAACACGAUGGACGAGGAAAGAAGACGGCAAACUUUGUGUGACACACGUGAUAAUAAUUUUGUUUGGAAAACAUUUCCGCCGAACUUAAUUCACCCUCCUUUAUAAACAGGUCUUUUUGCAAAAGACCAGAAAACAUUAACUUAAGUCAAGAUCACCACAAAACGCUUUUUUUACGUAAUAGGCCUGUCACGUUUGUCACACACAAGACUGACAAGAGUUUUGUCGUUCUCUUCUUUCUGCCGUCCUGUUGCGUAAACUCACUAAAACCUCUUUGGUUGUGUUUUUUUUAGCAUUUUACAAUAUGAAAUUUGGUAAUUUUGGUCAGUUGUGACUUUAUGGACUUUGGAAAUAAAAAGCAUAUACCCCUUACUAAAAGAAAAGUUUGAAGAUCUUACACUAAGCUCAAGUCUUUUUCCAUUCGGAUCCUAAGUCACGUUGUAACUUACAACACAAACUGUGUUAUAGCUGAGGCUAAUGGAGUUUUUUCAUAUGUUAUGGCGGCUUAAGUCGGGUCACCAAAUGCAACCCACGUUAUUAAAACUUGCCACUCCGGUUUACUAAGCAUUUUGGGUUUAAUUGCAAAGCUGUUUGUUUGAAGGUGGAUUCUGUAGGUCAGUAAAUGAUGCCAGGAUUGUAAGAGGAAGUCUCCUGUCACUUUGUUUCGAGGUAGGUAUCUCGAUCAUUCCCAACCCAAUACAACGCCAAGCUGCAACCACUUACGAAAUAUUAUAAGUUGUAUUAGCAAUACUGCGAUGCCAGCAAUCCCAGCGUCGCCAAAUAGGGCUGUGCUACUCACGCCAAGAUUUCUGAAGAGGAGUACGUCUAACGUUACUUAAAUUAAAAUUAAAUUAAAUUAAAUUUAUUUUAUUUAAGCUCGAUAGCGUGAGGAGUGGUUGCCCAAUCUCCCGAGCCCGGGGCUCAUGUAUUAAACGCUCGAGCAUUCCGGAUCGAAUUGGAAUUUAGAAAUGUUGGUUUUUGCGGAGAGGGGAAAACCGGAGUACCCGGAGAAAAACCUCUCGGAGCAGAGAAGAGAACCAACAACAAACUCAACCCACAUAUGACGUCGAGUCCGGGAAUCGAACCCGGGCCACAUUGGUGGAAGGCGAGUGCUCUCACCACUGCGCCAUCCCUGCUCCCCCAAGUCAGUCAGUCAGUCUAGUCAGUUUCACUAGAUUUUUUCCGGGCUAGUUUCCCAGGCGCAUGUUUGGGAGAGCAAGCUUUGAACAGUCUUUUUUCACUGCAUAGUUGUCAUCGUUGAUUUUGAAACAAAGAAUGAUUAGGGAGACUUCAAUUGCGAUCAGGAGAGUGGGAAUAAGGCUCAAAGAACGAAGUGGAGGAAGGAGUGAACGACCCGAUCGCGUUCCCACCAGAAAACCCCUGUAGUGAGGACUUUUGGGUACCACAAAAUAGUUUUUUACUACUUUCUUUUAAUUUUACAACAUCAUUAAAAUUAUAGUAUACAACUAUCUUUUGGCUCUAGUAGGGAAGGUGAAUAGUGGUGGUUAUACAGAGACGCGAAGCGUCGAGGUAUAUUUCUAGCGCUAUGAACCGACCCUGAGGGGGAUAGUUGUUUUAGUAUUUACCAAAUCAGUGGGAUAAAUAUCAAAAAGAAACUUUUUGUAAAGAAAAGACGUCACUUAGUUAGAGUUUGUUUGCGUUGCAGUUGACAGUGUUUCAGGGAUAAUUUUUUUAUGUUUUUGUGGCAAAUUCAGAAAGAAAAUUUUUUUCUACCGACCAGUAAACGCCGACAAGCCAAAUGUUGUUUCUUUCUUGGUAUUUGUUGGUGCAGCUGCUUCAUUCACCGCUAAAAUUUUAUCUUUCGAAACUGUCGUGAAACGAGGAGCCAUUUUGAAUCCCGUCCCAAAACAGUGAAUUUCCAAGGAUAUUCCGAGUUACGGGAGCCAAUCAGAACGCGCGAAAAUCGCUAUCCACUGAUUUGGUGAACACUAAAUACAGUUAUUGUUAUAAGGAAGACUUAUUUAUUAUUCGCCUUCUUAGACUAUCGAUUUAUCAAAAUCGGGCGACCAAUGAGCCCACGUGUAAAUGUAGCCGUACCCUUGGUUACCAUGUGAUGUGUUUUACCCAUUUGCAAGAGAAGCAGGCGCAGGUCACAGGAUCUUAAUGUUAUCAUGUACGGUUGUUUUUUCUUUUGUUAGUUGAAAGGCGAGGCAGUAGCUCUAGUAGACGCUUUAGCUCCUCCUGAUUUUGUCCUUAAUUCACCGAUCGGUCAUAGUAAUGGAAAGGUAAGCUAACUUUACAGCUAUAGACCGAGUAGCCUCCCACGCAGACGUUCUUAGGGGUUCGUCACGCGUUCCUGCCCCUAAAAACGUCUGCGUGGGAGGCUAUAGACCGAGUGUAUCCGACUUACUGUGCGAGUCCGGUAAUUGUUUUUAAUUUUAACUUUUAACGCACGGUUAGUGAUGUGAUAAGGAUUGAAUAUUUCCUACAGACCUUAAUACCCCAGUUGUCGCUCAUUACGAUCUAGACUUUGAAUGUUUAGUCAUAAUUUACACUUGACAUUCAUUGUCGCACACUGAGUACGUCUGCUUGUUGCCUUUGCCGCGGCUUUUGGAGGCCGUUAAGCGUACUCUAAGCAAUGUCAUAUAUCGACUAAAACCGUUCCUGAUUGGAUCCGACAGUUGUAACACUGUUACAGCUUUUGUAUAACUACUUGAAAGUAUGACUUUGUUGUAUUAGUGUUGUGCGCAACGCAGAGGCCGCCAGAGCCAGCACCAACAAAAUUGCCAUCAAACAGAAAGUUAAAUAAAGAGAGAGAGAGAGAAAGCAAACCAACUAAACUAACGUCGCAAAAACAGCAUUUUGUACCUCGUCGAACAGGCGGAGCUGCUGUUUUUCGAUCAUUGUCUUUAGGCUAAAUGUAUCACUUGUUGCUUUUCCCAGGCUCACGAGAACUUAUACGAAGCGAUUAUGCAGAACCCCGGGAACCUUGAGCGAGUCUCUUGGUGGAAGGAA